AUGGAACGAUUCUUACAAAGUCCUAUACGAAGAUACGAUUCGCGACACAAGCCAGAGCCUGCCACGCCAGGUCUAAGCUUGAAUUUCCAAGAGAUGUUUCUGCGAUCUCCAAGCCCAAAAGCUUUGAGAAAUUCGAUACGCAAUCCACUCAAGCAUUACAUAAAAUCAAUAGACAACCCCUCGUCACCACCGCCUUCCACGACCACUAACACCGCGAGCUCAACUCCAUCCGAGUUACCAGAGCUGCUCGACGAUUUCUCAGACAUUUCAUCCACAGCUGAUGAUCAAGAAAAUAUCCCGCCAGCACAUUAUUGUCAAUCAAAGAACUCGUUAUUUGCGUCUCGUGCGGAUCCGGUUACAAAAAAGAGAAUUGUAUUUAGAGAGCUGGCCUUGUCAGAGUAUUAUGACGCUGACUUGGAAGGAGUGAGCUUUACAAAAGAGACGAAAGGAGAGAAGAAGGAAUAUUUGGUAGUGGAAAGAGUUGUAACUGAUAAAGGAGUCAUAGAUAAGGAAGAUAGGAUGAAAAGGGGAGGUGUUAAGGAAAUAAGAGGGAAGAAAGAAUCACCAUUCAUCCGGAAAUUGCGUGAGGUAGUUAGCGAUGAUACUAGUGAUGAUGAAUGGCCAGACGUCACAAAAACGCCGAUCAGAAUACCAUCCGCUGGAACCAACAAGUCUACGCCUGAGGCUGUUGAGAGUCCUUUUUGGCAUUCAGUGGAUGAGAACGAUAAACUGAGACGGUGA